GAAGGACAACAUUAGAACGGUUUGGUGGUGGUUGUUGAAGUAUGGCAGCGCUGGAAAUGGCUGAAACAGUGAUGUAACUGGCGAUAUAGCAGUAGAUGGACGCGAAUGUUGAUGGCUUUUUAAUUAGGUUUGAUUAGGGAUAAUUACUUUUUUUCUCUAGAGGGAUUAAAUCGAUACGGUUUAACAAAAAUUUGGAUAUUUUUAAUCGAUUCUACUAGAAAUGACGUUUUUGAUACUCCGUGCUAACUUGAGGGGGUGAAUUGAUCCUUUGUUCUUAAAAAAUAACUCGUCAUCAAGUACGUCGUCAAUGAAUAAGCCGUCAUCAAGUACGUCGUCAUCAUGUCCGUCAAACAGUGGCCGGGAAUCAAGCCAUUAUUGAAGAGCUGGUGGAAGCCGCCGCCUACUGUUCUUUUCUUCCUUCUUGGAUCUUUAAAUACCCAUUUUCCAUUACAAUCAAUUUCAUUCCAUUCUCUUCUCGACCCAAUUUGGAAACUUAAAAUCUUUUAUCAAACACUGCCAUGUCUGCUCAAUCUGACAUUAACCCUCUUCUCACCCCUUAUAAGUUGGGCAAUUUCAAUCUUUCUCAUAGAGUUGUUUUGUCACCAUUAACUAGGCAGAGAUCAUACGACAAUGUUCCUCAGCCACAUGCCAUCUUAUAUUAUUCUCAGAGAACAACCAAAGGGGGUCUUCUUAUAUGUGAAGCCACUGGAGUUUCUGAUACUGCUCAAGGGUAUCCUUAUACUCCAGGCAUUUGGACCAAAGAACAAGUUGAGGCAUGGAAACCUAUUGUAGAUGCUGUUCAUGCCAAAGGUGGCAUCUUCUUUUGUCAAAUUUGGCAUGUUGGAAGAGUUUCGAAUUCAGGUUUUCAGCCAAACGGGCAGGCUCCAAUUUCUUGCACAGACAAGUCUUUGACUCCUCAACUUCGAGCUAAUGGCAUUGAUGUUGCAGAUUUCACACCUCCUAGGAGAUUAAGAACAGACGAAAUUCCUCAAAUUGUGAAUGAUUUUAGGAUUGCUGCAAGGAAUGCCAUGGAAGCCGGUUUUGAUGGAGUUGAGAUCCAUGGGGCUCACGGCUACUUAAUUGACCAAUUUAUGAAAGAUCAGGUGAACGAUCGUACGGAUCAAUAUGGUGGAUCUCUAGAAAACCGCUGUCGUUUUGCUUCGGAAAUUGUUGAAGCUGUAGUCAACGAGAUAGGAGCAGAUAAAGUUGGAAUUAGGCUAUCUCCAUUUGCUAACUUUAUGGAAUCAGGAGAUUCAAAUCCUGAAGCUUUGGGACUCUACAUGGUCGAAUCGUUGAACAAAUACGGAAUCCUUUACUGCCACAUGGUCGAGCCGAGAAUGAAAACGUCCAGCGAAAUAUCUAAAUGUUCAGAAAGUCUUUGGCUUAUAAGAAAGGCUUUCAAAGGUACUUUUAUUGCUGCUGGAGGUUAUGACAAGGAAGACGGAAACAAAGCUGUUGCAAAAAACCAUGCAGAUCUUAUCGCUUUUGGCCGUCAUUUCCUUGCUAAUCCAGAUUUACCUAGGAGAUUCGAACUUAAUGCUCCUUUGAACAAGUACAACAGAGAUACAUUUUACACUUCUGAUCCUGUGAUUGGUUAUACUGAUUAUCCAUUUCUUGAAGCCACUCCUUGAGAAGGAGAAUGAAAACAUUUAUCCCAGUGGUAUCAAUUUAUGUUAGAUUGAAAUUUCUCCA